UUUCACCCUUCUCUUUUCCAUUACCUCGGUCCUCCAACCCACUAAACCCACGACCAAUCCACAUUCCCUCUCUCUCUCACAGUACUUCACCAUUAUCAACAGUUAAUCCCUUCUUUAACUCUUCACCCACCUAGCAGUAUCAUCUCUCCCUGCUUUCAGAAAGAUCGGAUACACGUAACUGAGAUUUUCUUUGGAUUACUCUUUUCUUCUUCCAAACCAGAAACCACCAUUUUUUUUAUUUUUGAGUUUUGUCAUUUUCCGUACAACCACCGGCUUUUGCGUUCAAGGUUUGUCUUUCUCCCAUACCCCACAAACCUCUUCUCCCCAUCCCCCUCAAUCUCAUCUGCAAAUCCUCUCUCUCUCUCUCUCUCUCUCAAGCUCAACCCAAUGACCCAGUUGGAUUUCUUGAGAAAAUUCAAGCGCUCAAACCCAAUUGAACCCUUACCCAGCAUUAUUGGCUUCUUCUUCGUCUCCGUCUGCUUAAUCCUCUGCUUAUUUUACUUGGAUUACAGAGCUGUACUGAACAAAGAGUACUUUCAGUCUACUACUGCCCACGAGAGCUCAAUAACACUGUCUGGUUCCAAUGAGUCCAUGGGGUAUUAUAAUCGACUUCCGGGGUUCCUUGAAGUGGGGGGCGAGGGGUGUGACCUGUCCGAUGGUGAUUGGUUCUGGGAUGAUAGUUAUCCUCUGUAUCGGUCUGAAGACUGUUCGUUUCUAGAUGGAGGCUUUCGAUGUUCUGAGAAUGGUAGACCCGAUAGUUUCUACACAAAGUGGCGUUGGCAACCUAAAACUUGCAACUUGCCCAGAUUUGAUGCAAAGAACAUGUUGGAGAAGUUGCAGAACCGGAGGCUUGUGUUUGUGGGAGACUCCAUUGGAAGAAACCAAUGGGAGUCCCUUCUUUGCAUGCUUUCUUCUGCAGUUGCUGAUAAGACUUCAAUAUUUGAAGUGAAUGGGAGUCCAAUCACAAAACAUACUGGUUUUUUGGUGUUCAAGUUUAGGGAUUUCAACUGUACCAUUGAGUAUUAUAGAGCUCCAUUUCUAGUGGUGCAGGGUCGGGCUCCAGCUGGAGCUCCAGAAAAGGUGAAGGUUACUUUGAAACUUGAUCAGUUAGAAUGGAGUUCCCUGCAGUGGAAAGAUGCAGAUGUGCUAGUUUUCAAUGCCGGACAUUGGUGGAAUUAUGAGAAAACUCUACGAAGUGGUUGCUACUUUCAAGAAGGGGAGGAAGUGAAGAUGGAGAUGAGUGUAGAGAGCGCGUUUCAGAGGUCAAUUCAGACAUUGGUCGAAUGGAUAUAUAAAGAAGUAAAUUUGAGCAAGACUCAUGUCCUGUUUCGAAGCUAUGCUUCUGUACAUUUCAGGGGUGGGGACUGGAAAACUGGUGGUACCUGUCACCUAGAGACUCUGCCUGACUUCGGUUCAUUGGAUGUUUCAUCAAACAAUUGGACGCACUUGAAUGCUGUCCAUAAUGUAUUAUCACAAUUCUCCGAAAGUUCAGAAGUGAAGAUGAUGGAUUUACUGAAUGUAACAUUUAUGACAUCACGGAGAAAAGAUGGCCAUUCGUCUUUGUAUUAUUUGGGCCCCAAACAAGGACUAGCGCCAUUUCAUCGGCAAGACUGCAGCCACUGGUGCCUGCCAGGUGUCCCAGAUUCAUGGAAUGAGCUUCUCUAUGCACUCUUCCUGAAGAGGGAGUACCAUCACCCACAGGAAUAUGUGAAGGCGUCUCAAGCUCCAGUGUGAUUUACAAAGUAUUUGUGAUCUCGCCAUUGACCAUUGUGUUAUGUAGGAAGUUGUGUAUCUUACCACCGACACCACAAUUCUCUCAUUUUAUUGGUCGAAGAGGUAUACUGUGCGGGUACUUGGUUGAGAUUUUGAUCAUGAUUCAACUGUCACUUAACAGUACGAGGCAUAGUUAUCCAAUACAGGAUGAGAUACCUGCGGCUCUUCUAUUGUCAGCAUCUCUAGGUCCUAAAAUGACCAAUCUUGUUUGACACAUCAUAUUGCAGCUUUUGCUAAACAAGGAAAUGGAACUUGGUGAUAAUUGGAAAGAGAAUGGCUGUGUCUCUUUGUACACAAAGUCACCUGCUGUGAUUAUUUAGCAGACGAAUAAGGAUGCAAUUGAUGAGGGAGGGUGGAGGAAGCCGGCCUGACAGUGGAUUUGUGGUAGUUACCAGAUGCCGGCCAUUUUUUCUGUACAUUUAUUAAAAACUUUGGGGGACUUGAAUAGACAGGGUUUUCUGAUGCAGAUUCCAUUGUUGACAAGCGAUUCAAAAAAAGGAUUUUGAUUCUUGUUAUCACAUUGAAGUUCAAUUCAUAGCAGUUUUUAACAUCGUUCACUGUAUUUCGUACAUAGGGAGAAGAAAUGUUAUAAUGCCAGAGCCAUUUUUUGUUGGUUAUAGCCAUAUCAAUGAGAAAGCAAUUUGACCAUUA